AUGAAGCUCCUCAACCUCGUCGCCCUGCUCAUGGCCACCUCUGUGAUGUCCAUGCCUGCCCCGGACCACGACUGUCACCAUGAAGUCGCUAACGACACCUCUGUCGCCGCUCCUGUUGACAACUUUGAGGAAAUCAAUCUUGGCCCUGUUCACGUCAUGGACGCUGGCCCCUGCAAGAACAACAAUGACUGCCAGGGUGGCUGGUGCUACAACGGCAUCUGUCUGGCUGACGGUCAUUGCCGCUCCUCUGUCGAUUGUCCUGGACGUUUCUACUGCCGCCGUGGCGAUUGCAUCAACCGGUAA